CGCGCACAGUCGGUACGCGGGCGUGGCGACGCGCACGUCUUGUUGACGCGACGCGCAAUAUUAUCAAGCUCUUUGUUUACAUACAAGGUUCGACCUUCGGUUACAUUUUGUUGUUGAUUCCGUUACUGUUACUGUCAUUUCUUCGGUGUCUCAGCCGCCAGCCAUGUCCCUGAUCACGGAGGACAUCGAACUUGAGCGGGAGUACUCGCCCAGCAUGUGGUCGCGUAGAUUCCCCACCGCUCAGGAGGUUCUGCAACAUCACCUCAACUUUGUCACUGCAGAGAGUGAAGCAGUAACCAAUACAAUACCCCACAAGUUGGAAAUCGAAUACGGCUCCACACCAGGACAGAAACUGGACAUCCUAGGAACAGAUCUACCCGACGAUGCACCAAUCUUGGUAUUCGUCCACGGAGGCUACUGGCAGGAGCUGUGUCGCGAGGUGUCGCGCUACCCUGCCGGGCCCCUGCACCGCUCCAGGGUCAAAACGAUCGUGGUCGGCUACGACCUCUGUCCAGCAGCCACUCUGCCCGAAAUUAUCACGCAGAUCCAAAGUGCAGCCAGAUUCGUCUUUGAAUACGCUGCGAAGAUGGGUUCUAGGGGGGUAUAUUUCGCUGGUCACUCGGCCGGGGCUCAUUUGGUCGCUAAACUCCUCUCCAGUGCAGACUUCUUGGACAGCACUCCUGGGUCUGAGCGUCUACAAGGCGCGUUCCUCAUCUCGGGGAUAUACGACCUUCGCGAAAUAGUCCACACUUCUGUCAACGAGCUAGUGCAACUCCCAAAGGAGUGGGCUGUCCCUCUUUCGCCACAGUUCGACUGCUACAACCACCUGCAAACGAGAAGAGUACGACUUUACAUCCUUGCAGCUCAAAAUGACAGUCCAACAUUCAAAAAGCAGUCCCGAGAGUUCUAUGAGCUGCUCCACAACACUUGCUUAAUGCAGAACAUGUAUUUAGAGAUAAAAGACGAAAUGGACCACUUCGACAUCGUCGAAUGCUUCGCCAAACAGAAUAAUUAUCUAAACAAUGUGUUGAUUCAUGAUAUUCGUAAGCAUUUGUAAAUAACGUUAAUAAGACUAAGUUUGAAGACUGGUGUGCAAUAUACAAUUAUUGUGUAUUUUAAAAAUAUUUAAGUAAUUUGUAAUUAAUAAUAUAGUACGGAGAACCUCAUGUGAGCCAAAUGGAGUAGGGUGUAAUGUUAAGGCGGGGUAUUCCAACCAGGCCGCGCUUUUGGGUUUUUCAAAACCGUCUCAGAUAUAGAAUAUAGUGUUUUUCUGAAACCAAGAUAUGUAUUAAAGAGUUGAUAAGGUGUGAAACAAAUUAUGAGGUAAAGAUAAUAAUUGAUUUAACUGAUAUUAAAAACUACUAUAUAGUACGUACAUUUCGACUUGACACCCAAAUCGCUGUCAAUUGGCUGAUCCUAAAUUAAUAUAUAUACUAUUACAAAAGUUGAUACAGUUGUAAUAGGUCAUUUAAGACCUAAAGUGGAACACAAUAAGAAUUCGGUUUACCUAAACCCGCAGAAUUCUUUCACGACAAUUUUUAAUUAAAUUCUCUUGACACCUUGUUGCAUUUUCAAUAAGUUUUUCGUUGCAUACUUCGUUUACAUUUCUUUUAUAACAGAAUAAUAAGUAAUACUAAGUUAAUAGUUUUAAGACUAGAUCGCUAGACACCUAUACAUUAUAAUAACAGUAAUUUAAGUAUUGUUAGUGCAUUUAUUUUGUAUAAUAUUUCAUUUAAUAUUCUCUGAUUCUUCAUUUGCCUUGUAAAUGUGUUGUCUUUCAUUUCGCUGUCGCAGAUGCUGACAUUUACAUUUUCCAAUACCUUCACAGAAAUGUCGUAAUGUCAGCAUAUACCAUUCAUUAUACCUAUACCCUUUUUAACGUAGCCUGGUUAAAAUGACAGCAGGACAGAGAUAUAGCACGUCGCCUAGAGCGAAAGAGACGAGAGAUAUGUCCCUUUAAUCAUUCCACGUUAUAAGGGGUAACAUAAUACUUAUUUAAAUGGUGAGUAUGACAAAAUCCUUUUCAUAACCGAGAAACACAAGAUAUACUGGAAUCAUUCUUGUUCGCGCGGCGGAAAGCGGAAGUAAAAAAAACCUGGUAUAUAUUUCAUAAAAUAUUAAUGUCAUAGAAAUUAUAAGAUCAAACUAGUCAUAAGCGUUAUUUUGAUAAUAAACAAUAAAAUAUUGGAAAACCCUA